CAAACUUUUCACACAGCGAAAGUCUCAAAAAUCCCAAGUCAACAUCACGCCGUCGCAAUAAUGGCACCUAUCUCCCUCUCGGAUAUUAUUUCGGCUUUGCCGUCAGAAGACUCAUGGGGCCCCCCAACCUCGAGUGAAACGACUCUAGAUGGCGUGCCCUACGCUCCAUACUCCAAGGGCGACAAGCUGGGUCGCAUGGCCGAUUGGACUACGGAGGGGAAGGAUGGACGAGAUGGCAGAGGCGGGAGACAACAAUACAACCGUAACUACAGAGGUAGGAUAGCAAAAAUACACGUUUUUCUCAUUGUAAACUGCGACAGCACAGGGCUGACUUUUUGCCAGAUCAGCAGGUUUAUGGCGCGGGCACAUCUUCACUCUUUGCAGUUCAACUCGCUGAGGAUGAGUCUUCUUUCUCGGUGGUGAGCAAUGUUCGCGAGUCAACAAAGACGAGAUUCGGCCGCGGAGGCGCUUUUGGACGAGGGCGAGGACAGCGUGGAGGACGAGGCGAUACCCGGGGUGGACGAGGUCAAUUCCAGAGAGUUGGCGGAAGAGGUGGCCAGCAAGGUUACAAUAACUAUAAUGAUAGAGGAGGUCGCGGUGGUGCCCGUGGAGGGCGAAGAUUUGGCUGGAAGGAUUACGACAAGCCACAACGAAAUCGCGAUGCUUCAGUCAACAUCAAGCCGGACUGGAAGAUGCUGGAGGAGAUUGACUUCAACCGCCUGGCUAAGCUGAACCUCGACACCGACGAGGGAGAGGACCUCGAUGGAUACGGUUUCCUGUACUACUAUGAUCGUUCAUACGACAAGCAGGCAGUCAAGAGCGCUGAGCGAAAACUCAACGUUGUUGACCGAGCUGCAUACAACGUCACAACUUCCUCGGAUCCCGUUAUUCAGGAACUCGCUGAAAAGGACGAAGCCACCAUUUUCGCCACCGAUAGUAUUCUCUCCAUGCUUAUGUGCUCACCUAGAUCAGUUUAUCCUUGGGAUAUCGUCAUUGUUCGACAGGGCAACAAGGUAUUCCUGGACAAGCGAGAUAAUGCCACUUUGGAUAUGGUUACCGUCAACGAGAACGCAGCAGACGCACCUAUGGACGCAUCUGAGGGAAGCAAAGAUGCCAUCAAUCAACCUAGCGCUUUGGCUGAGGAGGCAACCUAUAUCAACCACAACUUUGCGAACCAAGUCAUGUUGGAGAACGAGAACCAGAAGGUUGAGAUGGCACACGAAAAUCCCUUCUACAACCCAGAAUCCGAGACCGAGCCACCUGCAAGCAAAGCCUACAAAUACCGUCGUUUUGAUCUCUCGCUUAAUGAUGAGGACCCAGUUCACUUGAUUGUCCGAACGGAAAUUGACGCUGUCCAGAAGAAUGCUAUAAGCGGCGAAGAUCAGUUCAUUACAGUCAAGGCUCUGAACGAGUUUGACCACAAAGCUCAAGGCAGUGGUGGAGCAUUGGACUGGAGAACAAAGUUGGUCGGUCAACGUGGUGCUGUUGUGGCCACAGAAAUGAAGAACAACAGUUGCAAGCUCGCCAGAUGGACCGUUCAAAGUAUCAUGGCUCGUGCUGAUGUCAUGAAGCUUGGGUAAGUUUUAUUCCUCGCCGAUCCCGCAAUAUCUACUAAUCUAUAUAGAUUCGUUUCCCGCGCAAACCCCAAGACAAACGAUAAACAUGUCAUUCUUGGCGUUGUGGGCUGGAAGCCACGCGAUUUCGCCCAACAGAUGAACUUGAGUCUCUCCAACGGAUGGGGUAUUGUCCGCACAAUCGCCGACAUGUGUCUUAAGCGCGAAGAGGGCAAAUAUGUUCUGGUCAAGGACCCCAACAAGCAAAUCCUACGUCUGUACGAGGUCCCAAUGGGAAGUUUCGAGGACGAUGGCGAGGGUGAGAUGAUCGAGGAGCAAGAAGAGAUCGAGGAAUAGAUAUGACGCUCGAAUGGUGAUGAGGGAAACAAAAAAAAAGUAACAUGCAACUGGUCAUUCCUGGG